AUGUUAAUCUCCGACAAGAGAGGCCUGGAGAUAUUGAGGGCUUUAUCCAUGAUUGUUAAAAGCCAUGUGCCCAUGGCGGAUGCACCCCCUGUGGAUAAUCAAUAUGAUCCCUUCAGUUCCCAGGUUUCAGCAAUCAGCGCUAGCACUACAUCUAUCGGUGGCACUUGUCCUUCUGGAGGUUUCGGUGGAGGUGGCAGGGGAUCUGGCCCACCUCCACCUCCUCUACCUUGUAAUCCUAUCCUGAAUAAAAUCUUACAGAACAUGGGGCAGUUGGAGUUGCAGCUAACAAAGUUGGCCUCUGCUUCUAGUCAAUCAUCUAUGCCUGAGUAUUACAUGAAGAGUCCCCUUGACAUUACCAUCCUGAAUACUAUCCUUCCAACUGUCACUGAAUCCUUGAAGUUCAAUAGGUUCAAUGGAAUUGGUGGUGUUGGCUCUGUAUAUAAAGGAGUUUUGGAUAAUGGAACAUUGGUAGCUAUUAAGGCUCUCAAUUUGGAGGAUGAAGCAGCUCAUAAAAGUUUCAAUAUUGAAUGCCAAGUGCUCGGUUUGGUUUUUGAGUUCAUGUCUAAUGGGAGCCUGGAAAGGCAUUUGCAUUGUGAUUCUAGAAAGUGUAAUAUUGGGGGUGUCUAUAAAAUUGAUUUACAGACACGAUUACAUAUAGCCAUGUACGUUGCCCGUGGCUUGGCAUAUCUCCAUCAUGAUUUUUCAAUUCAAGUUGUUCAUUGUGACUUGAAGCCCAACAAUAUACUUCUGGACUUCUAUAUGACAACACAUAUAGCUGAUUUUGGAAAUGCCCAUAUACUAUUUGAAAAUUCUAUGGAUUCAUUUUCAGCAUUAGCAACACUGAAAGGUGCUCUACGCUACAUUGCCCCUGAGUAUGGAGUUGGUGCAAGGAUUUCAGCAGAGGGAGAUAUUUACACCUAUGGAAUUAUGCUAUUGGAGAUGUUAACAAGAAAGAGGCCAACAAACCAGAUGUUUGUUGUGUAA